CCAGUGGCAAACCAUCCCUACUCUUCCAUACGACGGCACGAUGCGCGUUCUCGCCCCACUCAUGGCGAUCGUCGCGGCGCUCGUUGGCCCAUCCAGCGCCAAGGCGGUGUGGUACCGAUGCCCCAUCAUGACUGUGAGCAAGGGGGCAGCCCUAACCGAGGAUAACCCGCUCGUCGACUGCGCCGACAUUGAAGUGCCGCUCUGCCACCCUGGCGUGUGCACGAGCACUCAGACAAUCACGGUGUUUGUGAAACGCAUUCCGCCACAAAAGGCCCCUGCGGCCGGAUCCAAGCCGCAAGUGCUGUGGAUGCUUCAAGGGGGCCCUGGCGAGUCGUCCGUAAACAUGGAGGGUCUCAUGGUGGAAGCGUUCGUGAACUCUGGCAAGUCCGUCGCCGUGUACACAAUGGACCAUCGCGGUACGGGCCGCAGCGCUCCUCUCUCGUGCGCGGAAAACAACAUACCUUACUCGCCAAAUGUGACGCUCAAGUGCCUUGGCAGCAUUAAGCAGAAAUUCGGAUCGGUCGCGCCCGCCGCGUUCUCGGUGACGAGUGCUGCGUCCGACUUGGCGUACAUCAUUGCGAACGAACAAGCGACCAGCGAAGUGUACGUGUACGGACUCAGCUACGGCACGUACUUGGUCGAGCGCGUCAUGCACUUGGCUCCAGCCGGGGUCAAGGGCUACAUCCUUGACAGCAUCCAGAGCGAGCAGUUUUACACGACCAAAGACGCGCCGUUCUACUCGAACUGGGACCGAGACGUGGCUGGCACAGUGGACACAUUCCUGUCGUAUUGCGACAACGACAAGUUCUGCGCAUCCAAGAUCGGGCCCAAGUCCAAGCUGUACAUCCAGGGCCUGUACGCACGUCUGGACAAGACGUCCGUGGCCAACAAGUGCGCCGAUGUGAUCCGCACACUCGUCCCUGACUACGCCAAGAACCCGUCGUGGCUCGUCAACAACUUUUUGUACACGAUGCUCAAGGACUACAACAAACGCACAUUGAUCCCGCCGUUCCUGUACCGGUUGAACCGGUGCAACGCGGCGGAUCAAGCGGUUGUUGCCAACAUGGUCAGCAUCCUGACCAACUCGACGGAAAACCUCCUCAUGACGUCGCUGGACGGGUUCCCGACGGCCAAGUCGCUCAACUUAUCGUCGGCGAAUCUGUCCAAGGUGUCGUACUUGACGGGCGAAGGCCGGUCGAAUGUCGUGUACAAAUCGAUCGUGCUGAGCGAAAUCUGGGAGCUCCCGUCGCCGUCCGUUGCCCAGAUGACCAAGUGGUUUGAACGAGCGCUCAUGGGCGCGAUGAACCCCCUCGAGCAACGAGAAAACAUCCUGGACAACUGCAUCUACCUUGGCGGCAAGGACACGUUGUGCAACGACUUUUCCGUUGCGUACGACUCGGGCUUUACGUAUGCCCGCGAUUCCAACUGGAACAAAACCGCCGCGAUCCCGACGGGCGCGUCUGUCCUCAUGUUCACGGGGUCGCUGGACCCGGCGACGCCGCCCAGGUACGCCAAGGACGAAUACGCCACCAUGGACGGCGCGAACAAGAAAUUGUACGAGUUCCCGUACGCGCCGCAUGUGAUUGUGGGCCAGAGCCCCACCGAGUCGGGUGUGGAUUGCGGCGGAGUGAUCCUGGCGUCGUUUCUCGAAGCCAAGGGCGACUUGUCCCUGCUCAAAGACUCUUGUGUGCCGAACGUGCUCAAGAUGAACUUCACGACCGUCUUGGACUCCAAGUAUGCCGUCUCUCUCUUUGGCACGGACGCUGACGUGUACGGCCCUGGGGCCGCCGGGCCAAACCCGGCCUUGGAAGCACCGUCAACCACUCCUUUCAACGAUACGGACAAGCCAUCAUCCACUAACCCUCAGUCCGCGACAUCACGCAUGAUGUCGUCGACCGCAAGCCUUGCCGCGUUUGCCGUCCUCGCGGCUGUCGUCUAGUUCGUCCUAAUGCGUUCGAAAUGCAUGCUACCAUCUCGACGCUGAAUCACCUCCAGUU